AUGGCAUCAGAACAACGGAAGGCAUCAUCAUCAUCUGAGAGCACGUCAACAUCGACUGAGGAAGACAAGAAAUCGAAAUCUCUCUCAUCGAAUAAAGAAUGGAAUAAAAUGAUCAAAGAGAGCAUCAAAUCCGACGAAGAACAUAUGAAAACCAACAAAAGUUCAGCUAAUCAACGUGAAACCGUUAUAAAAUUCGUUCGUUCACAUGGCCAUCAAAAUAUGGCACGAGCUCACCUCGAGCUUCGUAACGUACGCAAUCGACCAUUUCAAUACAAAAUUAAGUGUGAACAAAAUGUGGAUAUUACGGCCCAAUCAAACAGCAGUGGAUAUGUGAAGGCAUUUGGAUCAGCUAGAUGUUUGUUAACGUGGCAUCAGGCACAAGGAUUCGAUCAGCAACAAUUCCAGACUAAACUAAUAUUCUACAUUUAUUUUGUUGAUAUGAACGAUAAAAAUGUCAUGAAACGUAUUACAAUGCGAUUCACUGCAAUGGCAUCGCCAAAUGAAUACUGUGAUGCUACAUGGAUGCCCGCACAACAGUUAACGGUUGAUAUCGAACGUAGAGAGGAUGAUACAAAGUCGAUUAUAGAAGAUGAGGGAUUUGAGAUCUCAAUGCAAUCCAGUAGAAUGAACUCAAAAAUGAACGUUGGUGGGACAGUAGAUGAAAUUCUGGACUGGUUGUGCUCACAGUCUGAAGAUACAUUAGUUCUGUUGAUCCUUUGUGGUUUGAUCAUUUAUUCGAUGGGUUUUGCAGAUUCACAUUAA